AUGCGGAUGCCAUCGCAACUUUCGAUAAAGGUCGCGGCCACGCUGGCCAGACCACCAAGCCUGCAGACCUCCCGGUCUGACCCAUACUGCACCUCCUUGCACCUCUUCAAGCACCUAUCAUAUCUUGCGCCGCAUCUCACAGUGGCGCUCGCACGAAACGUGGUAGCAGAGCGGGGGAUCUGUCACUUUUCCAGGAGCACCUUUCAGGAGCCUCUGGGCGCCGCCGCGUUCAAGAUGGCCGCGACAGUCGACCCCUCAUACCCAUUGUACCCCAUAUUCUGCGUUCUAUCAUCUGUGUCGCUGCUCUUUGUGCUACUGACGAGCGUCAUACGGCAUAAAUGGAACCUCGGCGUCACCUUCCUAUGCUUCUGGCUCUUCUUCGAGAACCUCACUUACGCCGUCAACGCAGUCUUAUGGUCGGAUAACGUGGACGUCAAGCACUAUGUUUACUGUGACAUAGUAUCCCGUUUGCAAAUGAUCACUUUCGUUGUGAAACCGAUAGCGACUCUCAUUAUCACUCGCCGACUUUAUUUAAUCAUCUGUCCGCGGUCCACGGACCCUCCUGACAAGGCAACUAGGCGAUGGGACCUGGCCGUGGAAUGGACGUUGGGACUGGGAAUCCCUCUUCUAGUCGCGGGUCCUUUUUACUACGUGAAUCAGAACGCUCGGUUCGAGAUCUUGGAGGGUUUCGGGUGUACGAACACCAUGCAAGGGUCGAUCCUUGAGAUCUUACUGGUCAGGUCAUGGAGCAUAAUGCCUCCUUUGUUAUCCGUCGCACUUUACUACUCGAGGAUGGCUCGAGUCUUCUAUCACCAUACGAAGGACGUGAACCGACUACUACGGGACAGCGCAACCGUCUCGCGCAAGCAUUACCUCCGUGUUCUCGCUCUUGCCAGCCUCGACAUUCUCCUUACAUUACCCUUCGGCAUAGUCAACAUCACCCUGAGCACCAUCGUUGCUGUGAAUAAGAAGGAUUUGCCUUUCUAUCCGGGAUGGCACAAAGUACACGAUGACUGGACGCCGAUGACCCAUACAUGGGCCGACAUCAAGUCAAUGGGCAGGUCUGCUCUUCCACAGGACUACUUCAGCAACUGGACAUCUCCUAUACUCGCCUUGGCAAUAUUUGCCUUGUUCGGCUUGACGACGGACGCGCGUACGUCGUACAAACGCAUCUUCCACAUUGCACGUGGGUGGUUCGGGCGCACGACACCUUCGAAUGCGCGCCAUGAUCCGCAUCCUCAAGUCAAGUUGGAGGAACGGACGAAGGAGGAAGUUGUGCUCGAUAUCAAGCAAGGCAAUUCGCCGACGAGCUCGGUGGACUUCGAGGUGGUGGUCCUGCCACAAGACCCCAACGCUGAAAGCCGAGAUGAUGUGAGAGUGCGCGGGUCGUUGGAGAAGCCCAAAGGGCUACAUUGGGUUUCUGACGAAGGGAACGGUAGCCGUCGUGCUAGCUCGGAGAUACAGGAUGUUCACCCGCUCGCAAUCUGA